UCCUUACUUUCCUUCUCUGAACCGAGAGGCAAGGGAGUGAGUUAAGGAAAGUGAGUGAAAGAAGAGAGAGAGAGAAAUUUGAUUCAGGCUACAAUGGCUAAUUUACCUCAAUCACUCUCAAUGAGCGCCGCCUUCGGAGGACCAGGCUCGGUUCCGACGAACGGUGUCGGAGCUCACGCGAACAAGGAUCGGAAAAUGCAAUCGGCCGAGCAGCUAGUGCUCGAUCUCAGCAACCCUGAUCUCAGAGAAAACGCUCUCCUUGAGCUCUCCAAGAAGAGAGAACUCUUUCAAGAUUUGGCUCCACUGUUGUGGAAUUCUUUUGGUACUAUUGCUGCACUCUUACAGGAGAUAGUUUCAAUCUAUCCUGUUUUAUCCCCACCAAACCUGACUCCCGCGCAAUCAAACAGAGUUUGCAAUGCACUUGCCCUUCUUCAGUGUGUAGCCUCUCACGCAGACACAAGAAUGUUGUUCCUUAAUGCUCAUAUUCCUUUGUAUCUAUACCCCUUUCUCAAUACAACCAGCAAAUCAAGGCCUUUUGAGUACCUGAGGCUUACUAGUUUAGGUGUCAUUGGUGCCCUGGUGAAGGUUGAUGAUACAGAAGUUAUUAGUUUCCUUCUCUCAACAGAAAUAAUUCCCCUCUGCCUGCGCACAAUGGAGAUGGGCAGUGAGUUGUCAAAAACAGUGGCCACAUUUAUUGUUCAAAAAAUUCUGUUGGAUGAUGUUGGGUUGGAUUAUAUAUGUACCACCGCAGAGCGAUUUUUUGCAGUUGGUCGAGUAUUGGGGAAUAUGGUUGGUGCACUUGCAGAACAACCCUCAUCACGGCUUCUGAAACAUAUUAUUCGUUGUUACCUUCGUUUGUCAGAUAAUCCAAGGGCUUGUGAUGCAUUAAGAAGCUGCCUUCCAGACAUGCUACGAGAUGCCACCUUUGGUAGUUGUCUUCGUGAAGAUCCAACCACAAGGAGGUGGCUACAGCAAUUGCUUCACAACGUCCAAGGGCCUCGGGUUGGUCUGCAGGCAGGGGGAGGAUUUGAUCAUAUGCUGGUGAACUGACCUUGAGCUUUGUUUGUCUCUUUGAAAUCUCUGGAAAGAGAUUGCAACUCCAGUUAUGUCAUAUACACCGUUUUUAAUCUCAAAUCUCUAGGGUAUUUAUGUUGUUUUCAAUUAUAGUUUCUGAACCUUUAAACCUUGGAGGCUGUUAUGUAUUUCAAUAUCUAGUUACUUUGUAAUAUAAAGCUAUGGAACCUAAGCUCAAAGUAAGAGCAAGAAGAGAGAUUGGAGCUGCUCCCUAUGUUAUUUAAUGUUAAGGACCCUAAAGCAGCCAAGUGCUGGUUUUGAC